AUGGCACCUCGCAGCAGGCGUAGCGCGGCGGCCGUCGCCGAAGUUGCCGUCGAAGAGGAGGAGCAAGAGCAGGAGGUUGAGGAGCAGAAUGGCCUCAAGCCAUUGCGAUUUAAGCAGCCGCUUGUUGGGCGGCCAAGUAAGCAAAUUGGCGUUAGCGACCUUUUGAAGCGGCUCAAAGCGUUGCACGAUGAGCUACGGACGAUAGACCAGGAGGAGGCGCACAGGGAAUCGCUUAUGCCAGUCGCACAGGAAUUGGCUCAUCAAACUUUACUGCAGCACAAGGACCAUGGCGUACGCGCGUGGUCGGUUUGUUGCGUCGUCGACAUGCUGAAGCUCUUUGCGCCGGAUGCGCCAUAUCCCGCAUCGAAGCUCAAGGAAAUCUUCUCUGUCAUCAUACUCAAGUUGCUACCCCUCCUGGCCGAUCCCUCGCACACCUAUAACAGCCAGCACAUGUACAUUCUGCGCUCACUCGCCGAGUGGAAGAGCAUACUGCUCAUAAACGAGAUACCCGGGUCGGAGCAGCUCACUUCGGCCUUGUUUACCACAUGCUUCGACGUGCUUUCAGGCCCGUCAAAGAGUGAUAGUGGCGAAGAACUGAGCAAGAACAUAGAGCACAAUAUGACAGAAAUCCUCUCGACCAUAAUAGACGAAGCGCCAGCCGUCACACAUGACGUCGUGGACGUCAUUAUCGCACAGUUCCUUUGGGCAGACCCAAUUACAUUGGGUAGCUCAGCCAAGGGGAAGAAAGGGGUACAGGUGGACGCGAAGCAAUCAACUUUGCGGCGAAAAGAGGCGCCGCCUGCGUACAACAUGGCCAAGAAUGUGUGCAAUGCCUUUCCAGAGAAAAUGGCCCGCCUAAUUGGCAACUACUUCAGUUCCGUCAUCGUUGACGUGACGAAUUCUGGUACCUCAUACAGACGUGAAGGCGCAGAAGACGGCCCCAACAAGGGGCCAUCGGAAGAUGAUAUUGACGAGGCAAACAAAGCUCAUCGACUGCUGCGGGAGCUGUGGAAGUGCUGCCCAGGAGUCCUUCAGGAGAUUAUACCGCAUUUGCAAGACGAGCUUGCCACCGAAACCGUUCAGCUCCGCCAGCUCGCCACGGAGACAUUUGGCGAUAUGAUUUCAGGCAUUGGUGCAGCCGGACCCCCUCCCCUCCCUGAUCUAGAUCCUGCCGCAUACCCAUCACAGAGCCUGUCACGUCCCGAGACUACCCGGAACUUUGACUACCUCACGACCCCAGCUUCCAUCAAUUCAUUCCCCACGCAAUAUCCCGCGGCUUACCAUGCUUUCUUGCAGCGCAAGAACGACAAAUCGGCUAUAAUACGAGCUUCUUGGGCCACUGCUGUUGGGCGCAUCUUGAUGACUUCUGCAGGCGGGAUCGGCCUUGACCCCGAAGAGGAACAGAAGCUGCUGAAGAGCUUUGCUGAAUGUCUGAUUGAUAGCGACGACAAGGUGCGUUUGGCAGCAGUGAAAGCUGUCGAGCACUUCAACUUUAGCGACAUAGUACGAAAACUGGGUAGCAAUGGAAGCAUGUCAGAGCCGGGCUCUAUACUCGCGAAUCUCGCCGACAGGGUCAAAGAUAAGAAGAGUGUAAUUCACUCCGAGUCUCUGCGACUACUAGGAAAGGUAUGGGGAGUGGCAUUCGGAGCUAUUGUCGAAGGCGACGAUACCAUCAAAAACCUGCUUGGUCCGAUACCAUCACGAAUCCUGGGAGCAUGUUAUGCCAACGAUGCAGAAAUCAAUGUUCAAGUUGAUCUGGCACUGUUUGAUUCCUUACUUCCGCUUGGGUACCCACCGAUGAAGGCAAGAGCAGCCUCUAGUGGGAACUCACAGGUGGUAAAAGACAGUCAAUCGAAUGCUGAACAAGGUUACACUGAAGCGGAGCUGGACAAAAUGCGAGCUGAGAGGCAGCUGGUCCUGGUCAAGGGGCUGGAUGAGAAGGGAAAGAAGGUUUUCUUUGCCAAGCAGUUCAACCAAGUCAGGGCUGCUGAGUUCAUGGAACAUUUUCUGAAAUGCUGCGAGGAUUACAACGGCGGUGUCGUUGCAAAAGGCGACAAGGACGUCAAAACCAAGCUGGAGGGCCUGAUAACAUACUACGCAAACACACUUCCAGAUCCAACUCGCGCUCGAGAUGACUUGUGGAAGUUUGCCAAAACUCAUGAUCGCCGAGCGUACGCCUUGAUACGAUUCUGCAAGGAUCCUGCGAGCGAGUACCGCAAGGUGUUCCGAUCAAUUAAAGAACUCCGCAAGAGAAUUGAAUCCGGACCUGGCGCGUCGCUGCUCGACACAUUAAACCCUCUAUUGUACAGGGCUAGCCUUCUGUGCUACAACAAGAGCCAUGUACCCGCUGUCAUCGAGUUCACACGUACAAACGACAAGGAGCUAGGAGCCACUGCCCAUGAGCUGUUGAAGGAGAUUUCUACAAAUCACCCUAAAGUCUUCUCAACGCAUGUGAAAGAUCUUUGUCGGACACUGGAAAGUGAGGCGCCCACGGCGAAGGCGCCAAAUCCCCCCGGGGCGGUGGACGAUCUCAAAGCCUGUGCCGCAUUCGCCAAGAAGUUCCCGACUGAUAUCCCCAUGAACACCAAAGACGGUCGAAAACUGGUUCAGAGUUUUCUUAACUUUGCACAAUAUGGGACACCACCUCAAGCUGCAAAGCAUGCCAUCACCAUCAUCAUGAACAGCGACGACAAGAAGGAGCUGCACGCCAAGGAGCUAUUGGCGAAGAGUAUCAAGGGUUUCAAGUACGAAGGCGAUCACUGGCUCACAAAGCUUGCCGCGCUUAGCCAGCUCGUCCUGCUAGCUCAGUCCGAGUGCGAAGACGACAUGGACAAGAUUGUCGAGAUUGCGAUUCAAAAGGUACUUCAAGUGCCUCAUCAUGCCGCACCCGAAGCCGACGCGGAGUGGAUGGACGAGCCGGACGAGGACAUUCAAGGCAGAGCAUGGGCCGUCAAGAUUCUUGUCAAUCGUCUGCGGUCCCUGCCCGCCGAAUCGGCUCUGAACGAGGCUGCAGAGGAUACGUAUGCCCUUCUUAACCGGUUUGUCAAGAACCACGGGGAGGGUUCAGAGGAUGGAAGUACCCCAGCAGGGCAUAAAUCCCGUCAACUCCUCCUCGCAGCCACUUCCUUGUUGAAGCUAUCCUGCAACAGGCGGCUCGAUAGCUUCCUGACGCCCGCAGACUUCAUACAGCUUGCUUUGGUCACACAUGAUCCAUGCGCCCAAGUACGCAAGGGCUUUUCGGAGAAAUUGAUGAAGUACCUUGGACAGGGUCGUCUUCCUCCACGAUUCUACACCAUUCUGUUCUUUUGCGCAUACGAGCCCGAGAAGACGAUCAAGAACAGCACAAUGACCUGGAUCCGGUCGCGGAGAGCUGCGUUUGCAGCACGCAAGGAAACGAUUCUCGAGACGGUCUUUGCUCGCCUGCUCAGUCUGAUUGCGCACCACCCAGACUUUGACAAGGACGACGAGACGUUGAAGCUCAUGUCAGAGUACAUUCUCUACUACCUGAAAUGCGUAGCAACCGAGGAGAAUCUGUCGCUCAUUUUCCACGUCGCACAGCGCGUCAAGGGGGUUGCGGAUGGGAUUGCGCCAUCAGACGAAGCCGACGAGAGACUGUACAUCUUGUCCGAUCUCGCACAGGCACUGAUACGAUCGUGGGAGGAGCAAAACGGCUGGACGAUGCAGUCCUGGCCGGGAAAAAUGAAGCUUCCCUCUGGCAUCUUCCGCCCACUCGAGAGCCACGAGAAGGCGCAGCAGAUUGCGAAGAAGGUGUGGAUCAGCGAGGAUCUGGUCGAAGAGCUGGACCCGCUCGUGCGCAAGGCGAUUCGGAGCAAGAAGCGAAAGACGUCCGAUGACGCAGACAAGCCGCGCAAGAAGCCAAAGACUGAGCGACCGGUCAAGGAGAAGAAGGCAAAAGCAGAGCGCCCUGUCAAGACGCCGCGGAAGAAGCGCAAUACACACGACGAUGACGAGAGCGAGGUUGACCGCGCGACUGUGCCGUUGAGCGGGCCUAGACGUAAGAGCGAUAGACGCAGCACUGCGCAUAAGAGCUACGUUGAAGUCUCUAGCGAUGAUGAUGACGCCCAAGCUGGGGCUCAGGAACACGACGACGAGGAGGAGGAGGAGGAGCAGGAAGAAGACGUCAGAGAAGAAUCACCAGCCCAAGAUGUCGACAUGAUGGAUCCUGAGGCCUCAUCACAAGACCAACAUCAACACCAACACCAACAUCAACCUCACGAUGAAGACGAAGACGAAGACGAAGAUCAAAAUCAACCCCCCACCUCCGACCUCUCCGACCCAGACUCCGCUUCCAAUCCCGAACAGGAACAAGAAGCCGGGCACGCAUCUCAACCCGAACCCGAACCGGCAUCCGAACCACCACUCGCACAGAAGACGAGAAAAACAACAAGAUCGAGACCUGCUACGCUUCCUCGCCGAAACGGCGCGUCGUCGUCUCCGGCUGCGGCGAAGCGUGGAGCAGGUGUGGGUGCGAGGGGGGCUGGGGGGAGGGGAGUGGCGAAGGGGAGGGCGAAGGAGGAGGGGAGGGCAAAGGGGAGGGAGAAGGAGGAGGGGAGGGCAAAGGGCAAGGAGGUGAAAGAAAAGGGGGUGCAGAGUCCGGCAAAUGGUGCAGUGCCUGCGAGACGUAGUGGGCGUGUUAGGGGUUGA